UUCUUCAGUUCAACUCUCUCCUUCUCUUUCUCUCCCUCUUUUCUCUACAACUACUUCAAGAUCAAUCUAUACUGCAACAGGAGUUUUCUUUUAAGAAUCUUUCCAUGGAAUAUACAAGCUUAGUCGACACUUCGUUGGAUCUUAAUUCAAACCCUUCCCACUUCCUCUCUCUAGUUCCUAAACAAGAAGUUCAAAGCAGCUUCAAUAUUGAGCUGGGAUUGAAGAUGUCUUCUGUUAAUGAUCAGGAUGCAAGCGAGUUGGUGGAGGAAUUGAAUAGGGUGAGUGCAGAGAACAAGAAGCUCACGGAGAUGUUGACUGUCAUGUGUGAGAACUACAAUGCUUUGCAAAACCAUUUAGCUGAUUAUAUUAGCAAGAAUCCGGCACCAUCAGAUAGCGCCACCAACAACAACCCCAACAAACGGAAGCCGGAAAACCCCGUGAACCAAAUCAUCAACAAUGAGAGAGGGAACUCCGAAAGCAGUUCAAGCGAUGAAGAUUCUUGUAAGAAACCUCGACAAGAACAAAACCUUAAGGCCAAGAUUUCUAGGGUCUGUGUUCGCACCGAAGCUUCGGAUACGGGCCUUUUGGUGAAGGAUGGAUAUCAAUGGAGGAAAUAUGGACAAAAGGUUACAAGAGACAACCCUUCUCCUAGAGCGUAUUUCAAGUGCUCUCAUGCUCCAACCUGCCCAGUCAAAAAGAAGGUUCAAAGAAGUGUCGAGGAUCAGUCGAUCUUGGUAGCAACUUAUGAAGGAGAGCACAACCAUCCAAACCAAGCUAAAAACGAGCAAGCGGGUUCAUGUUUGAGCCGAACAGUGGCCACCACCACUCUCGGUUCAGUCCCAUGCUCGGCCUCCCUGAGCUCAUCCGGACCCACCAUCACCCUGGACUUGACAAAACCAGUCAGUAACGCGUCGGAUGAACAGAAAGUUGGUGGCAACCGAAGGGUUGACACACCCGAAUUUCAACAGUUUUUGGUAGAUCAAAUGGCAUCUUCGUUGACAAAAGAUCCGAGCUUCAAAGCAGCAUUAGCAGCCGCAAUUUCUGGAAGAAUGGUUCAACAAAAUCAGUCACAAAAGUGGUAGAAUUGGUGGCUACUAGCCAUUGGUGAGAUCAUGGAUGAUGUAGAUACCACAUAGUUGAAAAAGAAAAACAAGUAAAGUGCUAGUGGUAGGAAGCUUCGAUCUGAAAAGAGAUUAGGAGGGAAAAGUUUGUACCCAAGUUGUGGUGGUUGAUUGGUUGGUUUGAUUUGAUUUGGUUCCAAUUUUGAAGGGACUUUGCUCGAUUAUAGGAGAUACCCAUACGAACCAAAUGGCUAAAGCCAUAAGAUACUUGAAUUGUUCAUAUUAAAGAUUAUUUCGGCUUUUUGAUUCCUCUAUUUCGAUCUUAUAGUUGGUUCUUUUUGUGUUUUUGAAUAUGAUAUACGGUUAAGUUUAA